GAAUAUGAACAUUGACAUUGUAAAGUCAUAAACCCCAAAUUUUUUAAUGGAGAUGUAAUUAUACACAAAUAAAAUUUAUCUAGCCAUGCCGAUUAAACGCGGCAUGAGCUAGGAAAAAAACCGUCCUCCAGUGUGAUCUGUGAUCACUGAAACAAUUUGGUUUAAAUAUGCAAAUGGUUUAAUAAAUAAAUGUCGGAACUGAAAAACAGUUUGCAAUUGAUUUGAUUUCGGCCAAAUAUUUUAUUGAAAUGGAUGUCGCCAGAGAAAUUGGUGAUGCUUCUCUAGAAACUUCUCAAAGGGAUUCUCUGAACCAGACAGUCCAGGAUUCACCGGAACUUGCACAACCAGAGAUGAGUGCUGCAAGUUCCUCAUUCUACACUCUGGCGAGUGAUCAGAGCGUGUUCAGCAGGGAUGUGGACCAGUGGCUCAGAGGAAACAACACGGAGAGUACUGGAGUACAGGGUAGCAGUUUGUUUUUUAGAGGCGCGGUACAUCAACGCGCCCCCCUCGUUGCCAAUGAAGCUAUCCAGGCGACCGGUUUUUGGUACAUUCUGGCUCUCAUUCUGCCGCUCUUCAGUUGUUCCCCUAGCAAUCGCUGGAGAUGUUCACCAAGUACAAUUCUUAACACAGCAGAACUCUUUCUAACUCAAGUAAGUAGAGCCUGCAGACAAUUGCGUUGCUACAUACGACGCCUGGCGACUAACCAGGUGUCCCGCGAGCUGGUGGCCACUGCUAUGGACGUGGUGCUUGUAGUUUAUGCCAUAGGUUUCCUCAUAUUAUCUAUGUAUCAAGCUUCUAUCAUCGGUUGAUUAUAUCCUCUGUUCCGUCCUACAUAUUAUAACGUCCAUCGUACAAUAAAUUAACUUUCGUCAAACUGAA